AUGCCACAACUCUACCCGAUACCCCUCGGCAUCGCCGGCUACCUCGGCUUCUCUGGUUACCGCAAAGGCUCGCUCUCCCUCGAUGGAGCCAUCACGGCCGGUCUCGUGGGCUACGCGUCCAUGGCCAACCCGUUCGUGGGGUUCGGGUUGACGCUCAUCACCUUCUACCUUGCCGGAUCGCGAGCGACAAAGUUCAAAGCGCAGAUCAAGGAGUCUCUCGAGACGCACGCCAUCGAACCUCCCGCACCGACCCCGGCGGAAAACGGAAAGAAGAGGGAUACGACCUCGGGCAACCGAUCCGCGUGGCAGGUGCUGUGCAACAGCUUCACCGCCGUCGUCGCAUGUCUAGCAUUCCGAUAUCUCAACGAGGGCAGAGACGUGGUAGACCCGCUCUCGAACGCGGUAAGGGUGCUGGAGGUGGCAGGGCGAAGGGUGGAGCUGUCGAACCUGAUGCUGACGCUGGUGGUGGGUGGACAUUAUGCUGCGUGCAUGGGUGAUACGUUCGCUUCCGAACUCGGCAUCCUUUCAACCGCCGAACCGAGGUUGGUCACUAGCCCGUGGAGGAGGGUGCCCAAGGGGACGAAUGGUGGCGUCUCUCCACUCGGCUUGGUGGUCUCGGCGCUAGGAGGCACACUGAUUGGGGUGACGAUGAGCCUCUCCCUCCUCACCACGCAUUCUGACCUCAACGUCGAGGGGCACGCAAAGCUGGUUGCGCUGCUCACCGCGGCCGGGCUUGCGGGAUCACUGCUGGACAGCGUGCUAGGCGCAACACUUCAGCAGACGCUGUACAAUCCGAGCAGCAAAAAGGUCCUCGUCGGCCAGGUGAUUGAUGUGCUGGAUGGCAAGAAGCAGGAUGAGCCCAACGCGACGUGGGUCAGCGUCACAGGGUGGAACGUGCUCAGUAACAACGCGGUCAACUUUGUCGCCUCUGCGGCGACCGCGGUGGGGACUGCAUGGAUUGGGACGAAGCUGUUCUGA